GUUUGGUUCCACUUUUUCAGCCCAAAACGGGCGUUUUCAAAAAAGCUAAGCCCGUUUCUGCGUUUGGUAAGUUCAAAACGCAACUUUUUUAUAAAAGUUGCGUUUUGAACUUUUAGAAAAAACUGAAGACAAAACGCGCAACGAAAAUGGACCAUCAGCGGUCCAUAAAUCAAAACGCACUAUGCGCGUUUUGUUAUAUUACCGUUGCAAUCAUUGAAAAACCGAAAUACCCACACGUUUGACGCCCCUCAUCUCUCAUCUCUGCUCUCCCUUCGCAUUUGACGCCUCCAUCUCUUCUCUCUGCCUUGCUCUGCCUUCGUAAGUCUCUCUACUCUCUGUCUUUUUUCUUUGUCUUCCUUUUCUUCUUCCGCUUCGUCUUCCUCUUCUUCUUCUUUCUUUCUUUCUUUCUGGUUCUUCCUCUCCGUAAGUCUUUCUGUAGUUUUGGAUUGUGGUUUGUUUUAUGGGUAAUGAUUUUUCUGUGUGUUCUUUGGGUUGAUUUGUCAUGGGUAUGGGUUGUUUUGAUUUGGACCGAACCGGGGUUGAUUCUCAUGGGUCUGAUUUGGGUUUUUUUGGUUUUGAUUUCUCUGUUCUUUGGUUGAUUUCUCAUGGAUCUGGGUUUGAUUUCUCUGUUCUUUGGUUGAUUUCUCACUUUUGGUGUGUGGGUUUUGAUUUCUCAGGUACCAGAAACACUGAUCUGCUACCAAAAACCAGAUGGGUAAAAACACAACUUCCAACCCCGAGGCAAAAAAGGCUAGAGCAUUAUGGGAUAAUAAUUCAAGCUGGACCACUACUUUUUGUAAUCUUUGUGUGGAACAGAUUCAACUUGGGAAUAGGAAUAAAGGUGCUGCCUUUAGUACCCUAGGUUGGACCAAUAUAGUGACCAAAUUUUGUGAUGAAACCGGUCAAAAUUAUGAUAGGGAGCAAUUAAAAAGUAGGUGGGAUGUGUUAAAAGGUGAUUGGAGAUUGUGGGAAAAAUUGAGGAUGCAUGACACAGGUUUAGGUUGGGAUACAGCGAAGGGAACAAUUCUUGCUCCUGAUGAUUGGUGGGACCGAAAGUUGAAGGAAUUACCCAAAGCUAAAAAAUUUCGAGAGAAAGGUCUACAGAAUCCAGAACAGCUUGAUAUAAUGUUUAGGGAUGUUGCAGCAACUGGAGAAGCUGCAUGGACCCCUUCUUCAAAUACACUCCCUCCAACAAUGCCACAAGAGGGUGCUGGUGAUUCGGAUGGUAGCUCCGAAUUUAAGGAUAAUCAAUGUGACAUGAGUUUAGACAUUGAUAGUUUGCAACAAGGACAUACUAGUCAAUCACGUAGUUCAGGACUUAAGCGAACUAGUGAAUCAAUACCCUCACAGAAGAAAAAGAAGAAGAUAGGAGGAGUUGCAAUGUUGGACAAUCGUAUUAGUGAAUUAAUAACUGUAUGUCAGAAUAAGUCUGAAGGUACUUCUCGAGAGUCACCAAGUUCAGUUGAUAAUGUCAUGGCGAUUGUGAGAGCACUUCCUGGAGUGGAUAGUAAGUUUGUGGUUCAAGCUUCCUUAGCGUUACUAAAAAAGAUACAUAGGGAUAUGUUUCUAACUUUCAAGGAGCCAGAGUUACAGUUGGCGUACCUACAAGAAUUGAUUUCUUGGAAGUAAAAGAAGUGACCAACCUUAUGUGAUACUCUAUAUUAGCUUAGGA